UCUUGCUCUCUGGGAGCCAGGAGGGAGAGGGUGACUUGGAGACUCAUCGAGCCAGGAUGUGGCUUCUUGGUGACGUCACUCACAGAUGUUGCUGCAGGCCACGCCCCCACGUGGGACUGAGACACACAUUCACAUAGUGCAAUAGCAGGGAGAGCCAGGCAGGCACCGCUCCCCGAUCACCCUCCAUUGGUGGCAUCUGUCAGGGGUGCCCCUCUCUCCCAGGUCACUCACAUGGAUUUAUAUUCCUAUGCAAGUUGGGCGUGAUCUGUAUGGACCGAGUGCAAUCCGGAGCCCGCUAAUCCCGAUCUGUGUGUGGCGAGAAAGAAUCCCAUCCUCUCCGAUCAUGUCCUCCGUGGCUUUCGUGGAUCACUUCGCAGCAGAGUGCCUUGUAUCGAUGUCCAGCCGGGCCAUUGUCCACAGUGCUGGGCAUGGGGGGCACAGGAGUGACACCCCCGGAGACCCCCCACCCGAGGCUGGCAAGGACAACGCCUCCCUCUUCGUGGUGGCCCGGAUCCUGGCCGAUCUCAACCAACAAGUCCCCGGGGGGGUCACCGAGGAGAAGGGGGAGGAGAUCGGUCCCGACACCCCAUCAGUGCAACCGGAGAGCAGACAAAGGGGGAGACGGGGCAAGAGCAGAGCUGACCCCGAAUCACCCCUCAAGAGGCACAAAUGCCCCUAUCCCGGGUGUGACAAGGUCUACGGCAAGUCCUCCCACCUCAAGGCUCAUCUCAGGACACACACAGGUGAGAAGCCUUUCGAAUGCAGUUGGGAAGAAUGCAACAAGAAGUUUGCUAGGUCAGACGAGCUUGCUCGACACUACCGCACUCAUACUGGAGAGAAGAAAUUCUGCUGUCCAAUUUGUGAAAAGCGUUUUAUGCGCAGUGACCACCUGACCAAGCAUGCCCGCCGCCAUGCCAAUUUCCAGCCCAGCAUGCUUAAAGGGCGAGGGGGUGCCAGCUCUAGAAACGGAUCUGUCAGCGACUACAGCCGCUCCGACGCGUCUAGUCCUGCUAUCAGCCCAGCAAGCUCCCCUUAAGUCUACUUGCACUGGACAUUAGCACUUUUCCUCUGCUAAUCCGGAAUACUUUGGGAAAUUAACUUUUUCUUACCUGCAUUUAACGUUUUUUAUUUUAUUUUAUGUUUUUGAUUUGUAAGUGGUUUAAGACAACUUAUUUUAAACUAACAGAACAAAUACCAGUUACCAAUAUAAGGAACACGUCCUUUCUACUUUUCCUGGCUGCCUUUCUCUUGGAUUUCCAGAAUUCUCUUAACAAAUCUAUUUUGGAUCUCCAAAAUUUUACAGGUGAUUCUGUCUUGGAUCUUCAGAAUUCAGUACUUCCUCCGUUUUCUACCUCCAGAUUUCAUGAAAUCUUCUGCUUUUGUAUAGAAAAUACAUAUACAUAUAUCUCUAUAAAACCAUAACCCCCUACACUAAAUGUCACAGAACUAUAAAAGUCUGUCCUGGAUCAGACCUCCUUAAAUUCAUCUCUUGUGUAUUUUGGAAAAUCUCCAAAACCCGUCUCUUGCAGUCAUAUUCCUCAAUUGCUAUACAUCAUGUUUGUCUCCAGUUCAUCAAAAGAUAAAAUAUACUUCCAAAAGGACAACAAGCAAAUAAACUACUUUCUUCACCUCAGGACACAAAAAAAAAAAA